CCCGGACCGACUCUGAAAAGGUCGUGUGAAAUAUUUUACCACGGCUGUUCUGUCAAAGUCUCCGCGUUUGACUUGGCAAGAACGGUGAACAGCACGACCGCGCUUCCUGAGACCGUACCCUUUACUAUUAUCCUAAUUCUGGACCUAUCUCAACAUGCCACUCUACCAAAUGUUCUGCAUUGCCAGUCAUUUUAGGGAAUACAAACACAUAAAAGACCUGGUGACUAUGUCCGCCACGCAUGUAAUGAAUGAAGGCGGUGUGGUGCGAAAUAUCCAGUACAAUGGAACACAGACGCUUCCCGAACGAAUGCGGCGCCAUAAGCAGUAUUACACCGUUGGAGAUUAUUGGACGAUGCAUUUUGACACUUCACCUCGUACGCUACGCACAUUGGCUGGAAUGAUGCGUCGAGAUCAUCGCGUCAUAAGAUGGACAAUGUUGAAGUUGGGCGAGAAGGCGGAAGAUGUGGUCACUUCACCUGAGCAGACGGUGGACCGCCGUUUACCAACAUCAUCGAGCAAAACCGGCUCUUAUUGGUCCUCGUGACGCGUUUCUGAUAUCUUACUCGCUUUCCGGUCUAGAACAUCUUGUAGAGUCGACUUCGUGUUUAUUGAAAAAGACUCUAACCCAGCCAA